AAUCUUAGCCGCAAGAAUGAUAUUCGGUACAACUUAUGGUGCAGAAGAACAUCCGGGCAACUACCUACAGUAAGGUCACUGACGGUUGCCGAAAUGCUUCGAACCGUGUGUAACAGCUUAGGUAAAAACCAAGGAGUGACUCAUUUGACUGGGCUUAACAGAUUGAGUUUAAACCAAGCAAGAUGUAAAACUGCAUCGACCUCCGUGCAAACCACAGACAGUAAGGCCCUCUCGGAUCCACCCCUAUGGAAAGAGGAAGAUGGCUGGGUGGUCCUGGAUCCACCCAAAGACAGUGAAGUGGUGGAGAGACUAGCCAAACAGGAGGACUGGACGAAUGUCCACUACAUGACUAGGCCAGACCUCGCCCAACAGGAGAAGCAAUGGUUCAGGGAGGCCUACAACAGUCCCACCAAGCUCUAUCCCCCGGAAAAAUUCCUACUCAAGCGUGGAGGUAAUGUUUGUGUGGAGUAUGUUCGCAUUCCUGUUGGUGCCACCAAAAGACAAAUGAUCGAGAAAAGCUUUGAGCCACCAGAGGACGAGAAAGACAUUGCUCCGUUUGACCUGCGGAAGCAGUGGGCCUGGGCGAACAAGGUUCUGUUUGGACCCCAGCGAGACAUGACAAACUUUCCUAGUUUCGUGAACCCAGGCACAGUACCUAUGCCUGAGACAGCUCACAAGUUUAUCCCCAGGAAUGUGUUUGAUGCCAUGGUACCCUACAGUGGUGUCACAGGAUUCUACGUUCUAACUGUUGGUGGGUUCGCGGCCGCCGUUGCUAAGGGCCUCAUUGUCAGCACAUAUGGCCUCGCCUACUUCCUGUACGCCCCUCUUCUUUGGGGUUUUACCCGAUUGCCGCCAAUCAGGAGGAAUCUGGACAACAGAAUACCACAGCUUGUUAAGAAAUUAAAUGACGUUUAUUUCAUUAACCCAAUACAAAGCAAGAAGGAUCAUGUAAGUGCCUGCAUCGCCACAGCACAGCAAACCAAGGACAUGAUUCAGCAGCUACCCAAACUCUACGACGUACAAAUGGAAAAUGUAGAUUUACAGCUAGAGAAUAACUACAGAGACAGGCUUAAACAAGUAUAUGGCGAAGUUAAAGCCAGACUGGAUUGCCAGAUGUCGCUAGGAGUGACAAAGGCGGAGCUAGAGAAAGAUCACAUGAUCCAAUGGAUUACAGACCAAGUCGUCCAGAGCAUCACUCCAGAUCUGGAAAAGAAGAACAUCCAGUCAUGCUUGACUCAGCUACAAUCUCUCUCCCAGACAGCCAAGAUAUAGCUAGCCAUCACUCGGAACUGUGUGGGAACAUUACUUUAUAGACAACUGUUGAAACAAAGUGUGUGAAGUUUAUAGUAACAACUCCAAUGUUGCUUUGAAUGAUCUUCAGUACCGUGUAUCGAUUGUGAAUAAAAUCAGUAUACACAGUACUUCAUGAGAAAA